AGGGUGCUUUGGUUAGAAGCAAGGCGGAUGGCAAUGAGCCCCAUCCCAGGGUGCUUUGGGCAUGCUCUGGGUGGAGUGUGCAUUGAAGUGCUGUUGAGCAGUGCUGGACACUUUUGAGGUGCCUUGGAAUAGGGUUUGACUUUGUGCUACGCUGAUGGGAUAGGCAGCAGGGAUCUGCCUUCUGGGUACUCACUGCUGGCACUGGAGGGGAUUGUGCUUUUUUAGUCCUGAACUCUGCCAGCUCUCUGUCCCCCUGACCCUCCACAGCUCCAGCUAAUCCAGCCUUGACCUCCCCCCUCAAUUUGGCUGGUCCGCCUCAGUUGUGACCUGCAGCCCCCUUUCCUGCUCCUCAGGACAUGCCUGCUGUGGGGGAACUCACCCCACAGUGCAGUCAGCACAUCUCCGCUCUGACAUGCAGCACCUGUCACUCCUCUCCUGGGCUGAAGUCUCUGUGACUCUGUUGCAGACCCUUUCUUUAGUUGAAGGGGGUUUUUCUGGAGUUGCUAAUUCUGCUCUGUAACUGGGUAAAUAGAUAGCUGUUAAGUAAUGCCAGGUCCCACCCACCAGUUGUGCGUGCUGCCUCAGCAUAGCGUUUUGCUCCUACCAGUCUGGGUUGCAGGUCAGGAGACACCAGACAACAUUGGAGCUGCCAGGGUGGCUGAGAGCAACGGAGUGUUGUAACGAGCACUGGGAACUCUGCUUUGCAGGCUGAUGUGUCAGGAUGGCAGCAAAGAAGAAUCAGACAACGCAGAAUGGAAGUGCCAAGGAAAUGCUAGAGGUAAAGAGGAAGGUCCCAAUGAGUGCAGGAAGACACAGGUCAAACAAGCACUGCUUUCUGUCUGCUUCAUGCCCUUCUGCAGUGGGAGUUGUGGGCCUGGCAGUGGAGAAUGUGCUGCAGAGGGUCUUGCAGCUUCCAGUGGUGAGUUCAACCCGAGAAAGCCUUCAGAGGACAUAUGCCAGCACCAAAGAGGCACACCCCCUCGUGGCUUCGGUGUGUGAGGCCUGUGAGAAGGGCGUGCAGGGAGCUAGCUCGCUGGCUGCCUGGAGCAUGGAGCCCAUGGUGUGCAGACUGGAGCCUCAGUUCAGUGCUGCCAACACCCUGGCCUGCCGGGGCUUGGAUCACCUGGAGCAGAAGAUCCCUGCUCUCCAGUAUCCAGUGGAGAAGAUUGCGUCCGAGCUAAAGGACUCUAUCUCCACCCCUCUCCAAAGUGCUAAGAGCACCAUUGGCAGCUCUGUAUUGGGGACCCUGGACAAGAUCCUGGGGCUGGCCGCUGAGGGCUAUGAGCUGACCAGGAGCACAGCAACAAGCACAGCAGAAUAUGCCUGGAGCAGCCGGGUCAGCCAGAUGGCAGCCACAGGGGUAGACACAGCUCUAGGGAAGCUGGAGAAGCUGGUGGCAUUUCUCCUACCAGAAGAGGACUGUCAGCCAGCUCAGAAGCCUGCAGCGGCACAAGGAUCCAAGGCAAUGGCCUCCCAGGUACAGCCAGAGCUUGGCACCCUCCACAGGAUUGGCACUCUGGCCAGCACUGUCUCUUACCAUGCCUACCAGCAGGCUGCCCGAGCCAUCCAGCACACAAAAGCCAAGGGGCAGGAGCUGGCCCUGUGGAUCCCAGGUCUGGGUGGUAUGGCCAAGCAGAGCACAGCCAAGGCCCAGCAGGUCCUGAGUGAUGUGCAGCAUGCAGCUUCAGGCUGGCUGAGCAGGCGGCAGAGCAAGGAGCCGGAACAGCAGCCAAAGGAGAUGAAGAAAGAAGAAAGUGAAGACAGAGAGAAAGCCGAGAGCAGCGGGAUUCCAAGCUUGGUAGGCAGCAUGGCCCAGACACUGCAAGCUGCCUAUCUCUCCACCAUCUCCAGCAUGAAGAAGGUCCCCUCUGCUACAUGGGAUGCAGCUGUGGGACUGCUCCAGCUCACCCCCAACAAAGCAGCUUCCAUAGCCAGAGAGAAGGUGGGCGCUGUGGGGGGAACCCUGCGCAAUGCCUCGGGCAUCCUGUCCCGCUACAUGCCGCUCCCCAGGCUUCAGCUGAAGGAAAAAGAGACUCCAUGUGGGAGCAAACCCAUCCCUGGUCUGCAUAAAAGAGAGGAGAGGUCCAAGCCAGAGACUCCCCUGGCCCAGGAGAAGGUCCUGCUGAGAGUUGAGUGGCGGGCCAGCCGGGGCCACCAUCCCCUCUCCUUCCUGAAUCUUGAGGAUCCCCUCUUCCUGCAACCAUUCCCCUUUCAGCGCCAGACGCUGCAUCGGGCCCUGGCCUUCGAGCCUGAAUACACAAUCUCCCGCAAAUCCACCUUCUUCCCCUACAGCAGCCGGAGAGUGAGCGAAGGUUCGCACCGCUUCUGUUCAGAGCCCGUCUACACCAGGGCUCACUACAGCAGCCUCUACAGCACAGCCAUCAAGAAAGACUGAGUGGGAGGGCUCCUGAGCCUGCUAGCUGCCUGCUUAGCACAUGCCAGCCUACAGCCACUAUAUGUUAUUCUUCCCCUUGCAAGCAGUGUGGCAUUGGAUUUAGCAUUAAGAUCCUACCAGUUUAAUUUCCCAGAUGUGCUCUCUCCCAGUGCCUAGGGAGGAUGGGGACUUGCUUGUCACCUCUGGAACUAGGGUCGGGUACAGUGCAAGGGCAGAAGAAGAUUGAGUUUGAAGGUGCUUAUUCCAUCCCUCCCCUGACAGCAGUGUGGUUGUGAAGCCAAGUUUCUGCAUUGUUGUGACAACUGAACUGAAACAAAGGCCGACCUAGUAGGGAGACCUGCUGGGCAGUGAAAAUGGAGGUAAGAUGAGAGCAAGGGUUUGGUUUGUAUCACAACCUGUCUCUUAAAUGCAUCCCACCCCGGUGAGGCACGUGGGGCCAUGCCAUUUCUGCUUCUUUCUUCCAAGAAGAAGUAAUCAGAAAAGGCUCCAAACCCCAAAUUCUGUUAUUUUACAGUAGCCAAAUCAAGAAUACAAUGGCUGGUCUGUACCGUGUUUGAUGAAGGAGUUUGGGCUUUCAGAUAUAUGUUGUGAGCCCUCUUAGGCCCAAUUUAACAAACUACGCGGUGGGUCUUUAACAAAAAUAGAUUUUCCCAAGAGUGUGUUGGUUAUCAUAGUUAAAUAGGCCCUGAGACAUUUAUCCCACAAACUACCCUGUAAAUGAAGCAGACAGGCUGUGGGAGGGGGCCCCUCAUGCUUGUGAUGGGGCUUUGACAGCUAUCCAAUUAGAGGUGGUUUCAUAAAUGAGCAGGAAAGCAUAACAAGAAACAACUUAUUUUGGAGGAGAGCAGAGUAGCCCAUAGAAGAGGGAGAAAUGGAGCAAGUAGAGACCAGAGGAGGAAAAGAGGAAACAGAGAGUGGAGAAGGCCAGAGAGCGAGAGCUGAAAAGGGAGGGCACUGAGAGGCUGGUUGCUUGUAGCUGAUCCUUCUUCAACAGACGUAAUCAGCCAUGGACCUUGUGUGGGUGGCAGCUGUGACAGGGACCUGUGUUCAACUUGAAGCCCCCUAAUCAAGGCCACUGGCUCUUCAACUUCUCACAGCAAUAAAUGUUCCCCACUUGCUUUCUACAUGGCUUGCUCAUUUCUUCCAUGUGAGUCUCAGGGACAGCUGCCUGGUGCAUACAUGGGUCCUGAGUGACUGGCUGAUCCUGGCACUGGAGAGACAGGAAAAGAUAGCUGUGACCCCCACUCUCCCCCCCAAAUUCUGAAGGUGGCUACAUUAAAUCAGCUCCAAGAGCUGC